UCUCGGAUAUAAGUCCAGCUUCCCGGAGAAUAAGAAGAAGAGAGUAACAAUAUGGCGACAAACGUACAGCUCUCCCAGAAAGAAUCCGACAUCCGAAUGAUGAUUGCCUCUGAGGUUCACCUCGGAACCAAAAACUGCAAUUACCAGAUGGAACGUUACGUCUACAAGAGACGCAACGAUGGUAUAAAUAUCCUCGACCUAGGAAAAACAUUAGAGAAGUUGUACAUGGCUGCUCGUGUCAUCGUAGCCAUUGAGAACCCACAGGACAUUAUCGUUCAAUCUGCUAGACCAUAUGGUCAGAGAGCUGUUCUCAAGUUUGCGCAAUACACUGGUGCUAAUGCUAUCGCUGGAAGGCACACUCCUGGCACUUUCACCAAUCAGAUGCAGACUUCCUUCAGUGAGCCUAGGUUGCUCAUUCUUACUGACCCUAAAAAUGAGUUCGUUCCAAUCAAGGAAGGUGCUUUGGGGAAAUUCCAUUUCCUUGCCUUUUGUGACACAGACUCUCCCAUGAGAUUUGUCGACAUUGGGAUCCCUGCUAACAACAAGGGAAAGCACAGCAUUGGUUGUCUCUUUUGGAUUCUUGCUCGCAUGGUCCUUCAGAUGCGUGGAACCAUCCGUCCUGGACAGAAGUGGGAUGUCAUGAUGGAUCUGUUCUUUUACAGAGAGCCUGAGGAGGCUAAGCAACUUGAAGAUGAAGAAGCUGCUCCUCAAGCAGAUUUUGCUGCACCUGAAUAUGGAGUUUCCGGUGGAGACCAAUGGACCACUGCUGGGAUUCCUGAUGCUUCGUGGACAGGAGAAGCUCAGCAGCCAAUCAGUGCUGCUCCAGCUGCAGAUGGUUGGGACACAGCUGUGCCACCUCCGGCAGCGGUUCCAGCCGCUGGUUGGGAUUAAUUUUUGUGGUCCUCUUUGAGAUUCAAGAGUUCUAGCUUCUUGUUUUCUUCUCAUUUUUUCUCUCGUUAAGAUAGAUAACAAUUUUGCGGCUAUUUUU